AUGGAGGUGAGGUCCAGCUCCGGCAAUGAGCCGCGCGUGGUCAGGCUGCCCGGCGACCUCGUCACCGAGAUCGUCGCGCGGGUGCCCUACCGCUCGCUCUGCCGGUUCAAGCUCGUCUCGCGGUCAUGGCGGGCCCUCUGCUCCGACCCCGCCGUCCGCCGCUGGUGCCCGCAGACCCUGGCCGGCUUCUUCUUCCGCAUCAUGCCCCUCGGCCCCUCCUCUCCGUACGUUCGCCACUUCGUCAACUCGUCGGGAGAGGCGCGCCCAUGGUCGACCCCUCCUUCUCGUUCCUGCCGGCCGGCCACCGGGACGCGUGCAUCAUCGACUCCUACAACGGUCUCCUCCUGUACAAACGUGAGGAUGUGCGCCCGCACGUCGGAUCCCGCUAUUUUGUCUGCAACUGUGACGGAGGAGUGGAUUGAUUUGCCGGGCACAAAAGCGACUUGUAUUUCCCCAUCGUCCGUCUGGGCUUCGAUCCAACCGUGUGAAAGUGAUCGGGUGCUCUAG